CGUUGACGUACCACGUGAUCCAAACAACAUCGUUUCCGGUAAUGACUUCAGGAGGAUCGUGUGAGUGAUAAAGUCUAGAGAAGAGGAAGAGGAAGAGGGCGAGGUGGAAGAUGGAGGAUUUCCCCAUCCGGACACUGGAGAUUGUGUGUUUGGGUUCAAGUGUAGCUCUCUCUGGUCUGUUUUAUUACAUCUACAGGAAGAAAAGCAAAACUGUGGGCAAGCUUAACGAAGCUCCAGUUCUGCCACUGGAUGAGAAGUUAACAGAUCUUUUAAAUGCCUCACCGGGGAAAUGUCUGCAGUAUGUGGUCAUCGAGGGUACAGUUCAGCCUGUAGGGGAACCAUUAAGGAGUCAGUUUCAAGAAGGCAGUGUUGGUGUCAUCCAGAAACUGCUCCUCCGAGAACACAAGCUUGUGUGGAACAGUUUAGCGCGCACCUGGACAGACAGCGAGCGUUUGAUUCACCAGCGCGUGAAUGCUGUGCCUUUUAACCUGCUGGGUGUGAACAAGGCGUUUGUGCGGGUGCUCUGCCCCCUGGAGGCCACGGGUCCCAACAUGGAAAUCACCCACGAGAAGUUCCACCAGGCCAGUUAUGGCUUCACGGACCUGAUAGGUCAGUACCUGAGCGGAGAGAAGCCCAAAGGUCAACUUGAAACAGAGGAGAUGCUGAAGGUGGGCGCAUCCUUAACCGCAGUGGGCGAGCUCAUCCUGGACACGGACCGCCUCCCUAAACUCCGCCCACCCACCGACGGCUCCGAGUACUUCCUGUGCACUUCGGACUUUGAGACUCUGCUGCGGGAGCAGGAAGGGCAGGCGGAGGUGUGGAGGGUGCUGGCGUGUAUUUGCGCAUUGGCGGGUGUAGCCGUGCUGAUGUGGGCGGGACGCAGGUACUACCAGCAACUCAAGCUGCGCUGGGAGCAAGAGAACAUGAGGAGGGACUUUGAACUGAUGGGAGAAAGAGGGGAGGAGGAGAACGGCAUGGAUAUUCCGGAGAAUGCGUGUGUGAUAUGCCUGAGUAAUCCACGAAGCUGCGUGCUGCUGGACUGCGGUCACGUGUGCUGCUGUUUCCGCUGCUAUCAGGCCUUGCCACAACCCAACUGUCCCAUCUGCAGACAGAACAUCCAACGAGUCGUGCCUUUAUACCAGGCCUGAGAGACUGAUCUAGAACUAUCUAAUGCAUUGAGCAAAUUUCAAACAACUAAACAUGGUUUAAUGUUAUACUGUAAAUGGACGGUUGUGCUGGAUUUACAUGUUGAAACAGCCUUAAACUUAAAUAAAGUGUUAUACUGUGAACAGGACACCUGCGAUGGAAGCAGCCGCACAGAUUCCUGAUACGCACUUUAGUUUCACCGUUUUAGUGAUGGUAAUGUAUGUCAAGAUUCUCAGAGCACUAAGUGGUCAUCGUUACACAGUUGGAGAUAAAAUAGCAUAAUAUCAGAGCAAAUAUGCUUUGUUAUUUUACUGAAUAUCCUGAAAAGCAGAUGUGUGUGAAUGGAAUAUUUCUUUGACUUCCUGUUUAUUAUUUUAGUGCAUCCCAUGUUUUACACUCAUCAAAUGGUUACUCUAGUUAAAUACUGUAUUGAAUGGCUCAUAUAAAUAAACCUAAAAUAAUACGUUAUUUAAUAUGAUUAGCUCAGUGCCUUAAUUUAUGAAUGAGGGUUUUGGAUGAUUUCCAGAGUCUAAAUGUUCAGCUCAACAUGUAAAGAUUUGGGUUACUUUGUGUUUGACCAAUAAAACACUUGUUUACUUGU